UUUUUUUGUUCUUUUAGGUCCAGUUUCUUAUGUUAUGCCUCUUCUAGAGUCAUUAGAUUCUAUUAUUAUUGUUCAUGGAUCAACAUGUUAUGAAUGUGGAAUUGGUGGAUCCAAAGAAGCACCAGAACUGAUUGAAUUAUCAUGGAUUUUAGUGGAUGCAAAGACACUAGAAGAACAACAUAAAGAAGAUUUUUUAGUACGACCUGUAAAUACACCUAUAACAAAUCUUUCUAAUUUUAUUGCUUUGACAUGGGAGAAUAUUCAAGCGGCAGGAACAUUUCGUGAAGUUAUUCAUCAUUUUGCUACAUUUAUUCAAGAAAAAUUGAUUCUUAAUAAUAAAAAUUUUAUUUUUGCAGCUUUUGAUGCUAAAAAAUUAACAAUUCAGCUUCCGAAAGAAGCUAGAGAUAAAUCAGUUAUUUUACCGUCAUAUUUACAACAUCCUAGAGUAUAUGAUUUACAUACAGAAUAUUCUCGUUGGCAGUCAUAUCAUCCUGAAACUUUAGUCUAUCGAUCAUCAAAUAUUACUCAUAUUCGGAGGAUUUUGGAGACAGAUAUACAUGCACUAUCACAGUUUGCUCAACAAAAUUUUCAAGUUUCUUUUGAAAAUACAUCUCCUAGACGCGCAAUAGAUGAAUGUUUAGAUUUAUUAUAUAUAUUUAAAAGUCUUGUAGAGAAGUCGAAGCUUGUAGACAAAUAUCCUGAUAUUUUUUCCCGACCAUUAGAUAUUAGAGCUGAUGUCAAAGCUUUUCUCGCAGAAAGAUCAUGUAUUUUAUAUAUGGCAGGCUUACCUUAUGAUAUCACUCAAUCGGAAUUAGAAAACUGGUUUACACAACAUGGGAGUCACCCUAUAGCAUUUUGGACUUUAAAAACACCUGAUCAAUAUAAACCCACAGGUAUUGGAUUUGCAAUUUUUUCUUCACAUGAAGAAGCAAUAAAAAGUCUUGUAAUGAAUGGAAGAGCUAUAGAAGAUAGAAUAAUUGAGAUUUCGCCUAGCAGUAGCCGAGUGUUAGAGAGAGCAGCAGAAAUACUUAUACCAUUUCCACUAAGUAAGAACAAACCAAGACCAGGUGAUUGGAAUUGUCCUUUUUGUGGAUUUAGUAAUUUUCAAAGAAGAACUGCUUGUUUUCGUUGUUCUUUUUCUGCUUUCCCAGCAAAUAUAAAUGAUGAUCCUAUGAUGGCAUGUUCGUAUGUUUCAUUUGGAGGGAAUUUUCCUUUACAACCAUCUGUUUCAAAUGCAGAUCCAUCAUUUCCAUCAUAUCCAUUGGCUAUUAGAACUUCCACACAAGGAGGAAAUGUUCCUUUUCGUGCAGGUGACUGGAAAUGCAAAGCAGAAGGAUGUGGGUAUCAUAAUUUUGCAAAAAAUACAAAUUGUUUAAAAUGCGGUGCGAAUAAAAAUACAUUUACUAUUACAGAUCAUAAUAUUUCUUCAUCUUCUAUAUCAUCACAAAUACAACCAGUUGUAAAUCCAACAAGUUAUCUUUCAAAUUCUAAGAAUCCUGCUUAUUCACAUCCUAUGCAGCAAAUCCCAUUAAAUACAACGCAUAACAGUUUUUACAGAUCAUCUAUUUUAACGUCAUUUUCUCCUUUGAAACAACCAGCAGUUCCUAUAAACAAUGAAACUAUUGCUCAAAGUAAUGGAAGUAUCGUAAAUAAAGAAAAGGUAAUAACAAAUAAGAAUAAUGAGAAAGAAACAAAUACUUGGCAUUGUACAUCAUGUUUUUUUAUAAACUUGAAAUUUCGUAACACUUGUUUGCUUUGCGGCACUGCUAUUUCAAAUACUCCUACAUCUGCAUCUAGUAUAACUAAUUCUACUAUCAUUCAGGAAAAUAGUGAUACUCUUGAAUGCUUUAAUGAAAAUAUGACUUCUGAACUACUUCAUGAGGAUCUUAAGGCAUUGAUAAUAGAUGAUAAUAAAAGUUUAAUAGAUAUAAAAAAGGAUACAUCUUCAAAAAUGACUUUAUUGCCUUUAGAUUCUUAG